ACCGUAGUGCAUCGCAACUCGCAACCCCCGACGGGCGCGUUCUCGUGUUCGUGUUCGGCUAUAUUAUUGUUAUCCUUGCGUACCGUCAUCGCCUGUGACAGGGCACUCGGAGCCUGAGUGACCCGGGAGCUCGCUUUUUCUCUCACUUUGAUCCUUGCCCAUUGAAGAAACGCGUGUGCUAUUCCCUGAACGGGUGUUGGUGGUUCGAAGGAAAAGCGUCGGGCGUCGAAUGUUGACGUUCCGUCGGAUGCUGUUUUCUCUUUGAUCUCAUCUCGCUUCGUCACUGUCACAUCUCACUUUCGCUGCUCCGUGGCCGUGUGUUUGGGUGUGUUUGUGGCACGCGCGUAUAUAUUUUCCUCCGCCAGAAGAGCGCAGCUAUUCAGGAUUGGAAAUUUAUACAGACAUAGGACUUGGCCUGGACGGUGUUUUGUUGUGUGCUAAAAGAGUGUUGUCUUCUCUCGACAGCCGUCAGUCAGCCAGGAGACGACAGUGACGAGAUUUCGACGGUCGAGCGGUUCCAAGCUCUGAUGAGGCAAAGUGUAAAUAUACAACAGAGAAAGCAGAGCAGCCAAGUUGUAUCCUUUCCCGUUGAUGCGGGGCGCGGAUCCUGUGAUUCGCUCGGUGUGUUGUACUGCUGUGUAGUAACCGAAUAUUCUUCUCUCAGUGUAUGAACGAACGGUGUUUAAAGGUUUGAAACUGAUUGGAUUAUAGGUCCUUGUUCGGAGUGAUUUGUUAGUGAUAGUGCGUGAAUCAAGAGGAAGAAAUUUCUGACCGAAUUAAAUUAGCAAAUAGAUGUGCACCAAAUACUGAAUGCCACAGCCAAAGUAAUGCUGCAUCAUUGAGCUCUACCCGUCGGAAUGCUUCCAUAACCGAAAUCAACGAUUCUAAUCAGAUUUUCCAGACAAUCGAUGAAUGGCAGGAGCAGUAAUAGAAACAACAUUCCCCAGCACAGAAGCGGCAGCAUGGGAAAAUUAAUCCACUUCGAAGUAUUGCAACUACCAGCGUGAAUCCAGCGGCAGCGGUGGAGGCACACGACAUAUAACACACACUCUCAGGCGGAAUCCGACGGGAGAGGACGUAAACAAGUGCGGUGGGCGCUCGAACGACAAACGAAACAAUCAAUGCCAAAUUGAUGAACUGAUUUAUGCAAAUCGGGUUUGUGAGAGAGCACAAGUUGUUGGUUCCGCGAAUCGCUUGAAUCACGUACACAUACCUUUCGGUGCCAUAUAAUAAUAAUAAUAAUAAUCCCCGCAACCAUACCUACACAGCAAAAAAAAAGAAAAGCUUCCGGCUUCCGGGUUCCUGAUUCCCAGAUGAAAAGACGAAUCCUGCUACAUGUGCAAUAAGGCGAUUCAUUUCGGGUGUGAUUUUGGUGCAUUCUUCAGUGCUAGUCGUUCUGUGAUUGAGAAGAAAUUGUUGGUUCGUGUUUUCUGCUGCUAGGAAUCGGAAAAUCGGGAGUGUAGUAAAAAGAAGAAAAUAAUGCAAGAAAAUAGUGUGACUGCAAUUCCUCCGGUGUCCGGUGCGACGGUUACGGCGUCCAGUAUUUCCGGGACAGUAGGCGGGGGAGGUGGCGGAGGAGGAGGAGGAGGAGGAGGAGGAGGAGGAGGAGGAGGGGGGAGCGCCAGUGGGCACACAUCUUCAAGCAACGUGGCAGCUUCCGGCGCGACGCCAGUGUCUUCUCCCAGCAAUAGUAGCAAUAUCAGCGACAUCGAUCAGGCCCAGUUCGAGGCGGACAAAAGGGCAGUGUACAAACAUCCACUGUUUUCCCUGUUGGCCCUGCUGCUGGAGAAAUGCGAACAGGCAACGCAAGGCUACAUUCCCUCCUCGAAUUCGUCCAGCCCGAAUGGAUCCAGCAAUGGCACCAGUGAAGGCGAUAGCUUUGCCCGGGAUGUUCAGGCCUUCGUACAAUUACUAGAGAAGGAGAAACGCCCCCUGUUAACCAACAACUCCGAACUGGACGGCCUUAUGAUCAAAGCACUGCAGGUGCUGAGGAUACACCUACUGGAGCUGGAGAAGGUGCAGGAGCUGUGUCGGGAUUUCUGCACGCGCUACAUUGCCUGCCUCCGUGGGAAGAUGCAGUCGGAGAAUCUACUCCGAUCUGACUACGCACUGGAGCACAACAACAACCUGUCCAACUCCAACAGUCCCAUCAACAGUCCGGAGCAGGAUCUCUCCGGAAGCGCUCAAGGAUUCUACCAAAAUACCGACUAUCUGUCCGCAACCGAUACCAAUGAAUAUAGCAAUAUGCAAGCAGGCCACUUCAGUCAGCAGCAUGUUCCUGCGACGAUGGUUCCGUCUGAUCUGGUCCCACAAGAUCUUUCCAACCCCGGCAUUCCAGUCAUGCCCGAACACUUCCCACCAGCAGGUCUACCUUUCCCGCAAAAUCCUCACCAUCUUCCCACGCAAGCUCAAAUUCUCGGCUCUACUCCUCUAAGCCAAAUCGGCGCUGCUGCCCCACUGCCUCUGAUAGAUCCCUUCGCCAGCGGUCAGCUCUCGCCUAGUGGCAGUUCGGAUGAGCUCGAUUCGGAACUGGACGGCAGCGUCGACGAGCAUGGAAAACAGUCCAAGCGGGGCAUUUUGCCCAAACACGCGACCAGCGUGAUGCGGGCCUGGUUAUUUCAGCAUCUAGUCCAUCCCUAUCCUACUGAGGAUGAGAAACGUGCAAUAGCCGCCCAAACCAAUCUCACGCUCUUACAAGUCAAUAACUGGUUCAUCAACGCUCGACGCCGUAUCCUCCAACCGAUGCUCGAACACAGCUCGGACAACUCCGCGCAAAGUCCACCACCGGCUACUGUGCAGUCAAACGUAGAUCAACAACAACCGCCAUCGAGUAAACGCCAGUGGUCCGAUAACCUCACCGAAAUACCGCCACCGGCCGCUCACCAUCAUCCGCUAGCCAACAUCGAAAACAUCAGCUCCAAUGUAAACCGAGCUGCAGCCAGCUCCAGCUCCGGUAAGCUAUUCUCCUCGGGCGCCGAAUUCUUCCUCCAUCCCCCGGUAAGUUCGGAAGAGGAAUCCAACGAAUCAUCUGGCAAUCUAGUUGGCGUCGGGGGACGCUAACUAGCGAACGCAAACAUAACCUCACUUGUGGGAAACGGGAACCGAUGUAUACUUUUGAAACUACUGUGCAACCAACAUGCCAUAACGAAGUCUAGUUCGAGAGAAUUAUUGUUCUGAUUCUUUUUUUUUUUUUUUGUUAUUAUUAAGUUUAAAUCGUAGGACAACCAGAGGAAGGAGAUAAGCAUUGUAUUUCUUCAUUUAUACGAAACGAAUGUAUACGCAGACGGUGUUUUGCUAUAAAUACGUAGCAGUUCCAAUACAUUGGUAUUGUUUUGGUUUCAACGCUUAAGUUUUCAAAUGAUUAAGCACCAUUUAAAAGCAAAUUACCGGGUAAUUAGGCAUUAAGGUCAUUGCGAAUGCUGAUAGCGCGCGAACGAGCGAGCGAAACGAUGAGCGGAACGUUAACUUCGAUUGUGCACUUUUACGAAGCUCCAUGCUAGUAACUUCUAAUGAGACUUGGAUUUGUAUUUAUAGACGAUCAUUUUGUUUCGUAUUAAAGCUGAUAACGACGCGUCGGAUGGGUGCAUUAACCAUAAGCGAUAAUUGCGCGGGACUGCGUGCGCACGAGGCAUCAUUAAUGAUUCGGAUUGUGAAAUUAUUUCAAUUGGACAAUAAUGGUCCACUGAAGGGGCAGAAAAUUCCUUUCGAGAUUGGCAAUUUUUCACCUAGAUACAUUUGGUGAAAACUUUUAAGGGCUUUGACCAGGAACGGGACUUGACAAUCGAGCUUCUCAAUCUUCUUAAUACUUUUGCCCUUGAAUGCCCUUCGAAAAUUUGUGGCUAGUGUUUGAUGAAGUUUAUAUUUUAAUUUGGAUUUGAUGCGGAGUUUCUACCGCAGUUUAACAUCUAGCACAUCAUUUCUGCUCAACACAACAAUUGAAAAAAAAAACAUAAUAAACAACAGUAUCCAUCUCAGGGGGUAAGUCACUCUGCCACCUUGUGUUAAACACAUCAAAAACACUCUUCGACUCACUCAACCACCAUGAGAACCAAUUUUUCAAUUUUUUUUUUUCUGGCAGCACUGCCUAUAGCCAAGAAUGUUUACAUUCGUUUGAUGCCCUUUUUUGUUUUUGAUGAUUUUUUUUUCUGAAGAAGAGGUCUCCCUUCAGCAAUCGGUAGGAUUCCACAGAAAACUGAUCGGGACACGGAAGAACCAGUCCAUCCCUUAAUUGGGAAAGAAGAUUCAACAUCAACCUCAACAGAAAAAAACAGACAAUUUCAGCCUCUAACAAGCUAGAAUAUCUGUAACUGUAUAUGAACCUCGAUAUGAACGAGGGAGCGGAUAAUAAUUAUCAAAUCAAUUAUUGAUUGAUGGCUGAAGACAGAUAUUUCUUUCUAAUUUGGUAGUCAUUCCUACCACAUCAGAGAGAUCCGUCCUACUAGCUGUCGCUUACAAAGAAGUUCAUUUUCUUUGCGAUAUUUAGGUCAAAAGAUUGCUGUUUGUUGGUUUUUCUUAUCUUGAUUGGGAGUGGAAUUCGUUUCUCUGUUGUACUCCAUUUUUCGACUUUACAUUCGUAAAUAUAAGGAAAUAACAACACCAUUGACGUCACCAUUGAUUCCGACAUCACUGCCAGUAAGAUUGCUAUGAUCCCUCUGUUCUUUUUAAAGUCGGGUCCACUUAGAAUCCGGACACAUAAAACCAGGUGUUUCUCGGGAUUGAUUUGAUGCAAGAAAAAUGUAAUUUAGGCAAGGGGUAGGCCACUCCGCACACCAAUCUUGGGUCAUCUUUUUUGUCAGUGUGCCGCAAGUGU